AUGGCUGAGCAAGAAAGCGAGAAUAUCCCCCAUGGGUUGGCGGGAAUCGCAGAGCCAACUAUUGUUGCUGUUCGCCGAUUCAAACACAAGGUUCUGCCGUCCUCCAUUUUGAUCUCCAAAUACCGUCCCAAGACGUACGGAUACUUACACUGUUUGACUUCUAUCGCGAAGAGUCAUCCUCCCAGAAGACUGUUGGGAUCGUUAUCAUGGUGCCCAAGUUUUUGUACGAAAAGGAGCUUCGAGGACUUCUGCUACACGCCAUCGACCCAUCUGCCAAAGUCUUCCGAUCACUUGACUGAGGUUGCUCCCAUCUUCUCAACCGCACUUCUCUUGACCUUUCAAACUGCCAAGCGAAGAAAGAAAACCUCUAGCUAUGACAGAGAUCGAUCUGCAGCUGUAGUUUCUGGCUCUGCAACUGCCGGCUCCGUAAGUGGUCUUGCCCCACCAUCCACGCCUACCAGAAGCGGCUCGCUUCGAGAGUCAACAAAAAUACUCGUCAAGAAAAAGCCCAGCCCUUCCAGACGUCCACACACACCACCAAACUCGAGCCCAAAUACCCUAUGUUCCGGUGGAUGUGGAGAGGUCGUCCCAAUCAGCAGUCUCGAUGCCGUUACUGGUUCGCACACCCCUCCAUCGACACCAAAGACAACAAGCUUCAGAGAAGUGAGCAAGUUACCCUUCGGCGAGCUCCUCGCGACCCCUCCACAAACCCCACAAGCAUUCACAUUGGAGACUCCAACCCCACAUAAUCCAAACCAGAAUCAGCUCCUCGAUUUCCUCAAUACCCCAAGAGAAGCAAGUCCAUCGUUGAAGCCCUCAAUCACUUUGGAGACUCCACCCCCACAGAGCCAAAAUCAGGAUCAGCGCUUCGACAUCCUGAAGACCCCGACAAAAACAACCCCAUCGCUGAAGUCCUCAACUCAACCCAGCCCAGCUACUCCAACAUCCCUGGGCAGUCAUGCAAGCAACGCCUUCCACAUCACCGCCUACCAUCCCAACGCCGCCAUCAACGAGGAAGUCGAGGCCGGAGAAAAGGCCGUCUUCGGAACGAAGCAUCGUGAGCUUUCGGCGCUGGAGCUGUCCCGGGAGAAGCGCAAGAUCAUGGUUCGGAAGCUGAGCUAUGGUCUAUCGGACACGGUCAGGGAUAUUGUCAAGAAGGCCGCUCUGAACGAAGAGGAGCGGGAGUUGGAGGGAGAGCUUGCGCGUGGCUAUGGCUUGGGCAUCUGGAAGAACAAGGAAGUGGAUGCUGAAAAGCUGGUGACUGCUCAUUUCGACAAGAUGAGUCUGUGGUUUGCUGGGCAGAAGCUUUGA